CCCGGGAGCCGAGGAGAGUAAAUACAACAGGAGCGCAAAAUGGCGGAACCGCCGAGCCCCGUGCACGGCGCUGCCGCUGCCGUCUCGGAGAAAGAACCGUUUGGCAAAUUGCAGCCCCCAUUCCGGGACCCACCAGGUCCUCUGUCGGCCAAGAAGGUCCGGACUGAGGAGAAGAAGGCGCCGAGGAGACUGAACGGAGAAGGGAGCAGCGGCGGGAACAGCAGGCAGCUGCAGCCGCUGGCGGCACCUUCGCCUCAGAGCUAUGGCAGCCCUGCGUCUUGGAGCUUUCCCGGUCUGUCUGCUGCCCCCUCCCCGUCCUCUGCUCGGAGCAGUUUCUCUUUUUCCGCUGGCGCGGUCCCUUCGUCAGCCUCUGCUUCCUCAUCUCAGCCGGUGCCGCGCAAACUGCUGGUCCCUCCUACGCUGCUGCACGCUCAGCCUCACCAUCUCUUGCUCCCGGCCGCCACCUCCUCGGCCAACGCCAAGCCGCGCCGACCCAAGGAGAAACGAGAGAAGGAAAGGAGGAGGCACGGCCUCGGCGGGGCAGGCGAGGCCAGCGGGGCCGCCCGGGAGGAGAACGGGGAGGUGAAGCCGCUGCCGCGAGAUAAAAUCAAAGACAAAAUUAAAGAGAGAGAUAAAGAGAGAGAGAAAAAGAAGCAUAAAGUAAUGAAUGAGAUCAAGAAAGAAAAUGGAGAAAUAAAGAUUUUGCUGAAAAGUGGGAAGGAGAAACCAAAAACAAAUGCAGAAGACUUACAAAUUAAAAAAGUAAAGAAGAAAAAGAAAAAGAAACACAAAGAGAAUGAAAAACGGAAGCGUCCAAAAAUGUAUAGCAAAUCUAUUCAAACCAUCUGCUCAGGAUUGCUAUCUGAUGUUGAAGAUCAAGAAGCCAAAGGCAUCCUAAAUGAUAAUGUAAAGGAUUACAGUGGAAAGAAUUUGGAUACCAAGAACUAUGAUUCCAAAAUUCCAGAGAACAGUGAGUUUCCAUUUGUCUCGUUAAAGGAGCCACGGGUUCAGAAUAACCUCAAAAGGUUGGACACAUUGGAGUUCAAACAGCUCAUUCAUAUUGAGCACCAGCCUAAUGGAGGCGCAUCUGUUAUCCACGCCUACAGUAAUGAACUCUCCCACCUGUCUCCUGUGGAGAUGGAGAGGUUUGCAGAAGAGUUUGUGGGUCUAGUGUUCAGUGAAAAUGAAAAUUCUGCAGCUUUCUAUGUAAUGGGUAUUGUUCAUGGGGCAGCUACUUAUUUACCUGACUUUUUAGACUACUUUUCAUUUAAUUUUCCCAAUUCACCAGUGAAAAUGGAGAUAUUAGGAAAGAAGGAUAUAGAGACAACGACUAUGUCCAAUUUUCAUGCUCAGGUAAAAAGAACAUAUUCUCACGGUACUUACAGAGCUGGCCCAAUGCGACAGAUCAGCUUGGUGGGAGCAGUUGAUGAAGAAGUGGGAGAUUACUUCCCUGAGUUCCUUGACAUGUUGGAAGAUUCACCAUUUUUAAAAUGUACACUGCCAUGGGGGACACUAUCUAGUCUAAAAUUAGAGAGUCGAAAAGACAGUGAUGAUGGUCCCAUCAUGUGGGUGCGCCCAGGAGAACAAAUGAUCCCUGUGGCCGAUAUGCCAAAGUCACCUUUCAAAAGGAAAAGAACUACCAAUGAAAUAAAAAACCUGCAGUACCUACCUCGAACCAGUGAGCCCCGUGAGAUGCUCUUUGAAGACAGGACAAGAGCCCAUGCAGAUCAUAUAGGACAAGGUUUUGAACGACAGACUACAGCUGCUGUUGGAGUGUUGAAGGCUGUGCACUGUGGAGAGUGGCCUGCUCAACCCCGAAUAACCAAAGAUGUAAUUUGUUUUCAUGCUGAAGAUUUCUUAGAAGUAGUUCAACGAAUGCAGUUAGAUUUACAUGAACCUCCACUGUCCCAGUGUGUCCAGUGGGUUGAUGAUGCAAAACUUAAUCAACUGAGGAGGGAAGGCAUCCGUUAUGCCAGAAUUCAGCUGUAUGAUAAUGACAUUUAUUUUAUUCCAAGGAAUGUUGUUCAUCAGUUCAAGACAGUUUCAGCUGUAUGCAGUUUAGCAUGGCAUGUUCGGCUCAAGUUAUAUCACUUAGAUGAGGACACUGUACAGAAUACAGCUACUCAUGAAACAGGCACAUCACCAGAUACCACAUCAUCAGUUCUUGGACCUCACACUGACCACAUGCUUUGUGCUAUAAGCAAAACCUCCUUGGAUUCUAAUUUUUCAGACAAACUUCAUUCUAAAUCUGAACUGCAGCAGAUUAAACAUGAACCUAUUCCAUCUGUAAGAAUCAAGGAAGAACCUGUGAAUGUUUAUAUUCCUGAAAAGACUAGAGCACCGAAUAUGGAUGGCAAGAAUGUUAAAGCAAAAUUGGAUCAUGUUCAAUUUACAGAAUUUAAGAUUGACGUGGACUCUAAAUUUGAAAAUACCAACAAAGAUUUAAAGGAAGAAUUAUGUCCUGGAAGUCACAUAAGUCUAGUUGAUACAAGACAACCUAGUUCAGCACAUUCAAAUCAAGAUAGAAAAGAUGAUGACAUUUUGUGCUGAAUUUGUACAUACCAUUUACAAUUCUUUUUUUUUUUUUUUAAGUUAAUAAUGUAAUAAAGAUUCAUGAAUUCUGAAAGCAAGCCAAGGACUUGCUCCCAAGUCUGUUACAAAAUAGAGUUUAUGUAGCUUUGUAACAUUCCUCAGUGCCUGUCCAUAACUGUGAAGUAUCAAAGCACUUAGGGCCAGAUGCACUGUAAACAUUACAGGUUUAAACAAAAGGAGUCUUUAAAAAAAAUCAUUUGAUUUGGAAUUGUAGGUUUUAGAAUAGAGCUGACAUUAACAUAUAUAUAUGUAACAUAUAUAUAUAUAUAUAUAUGUUACAUAUAUAUAUGUAUACAUAUGUAUGUAUAUAUAUGUGUGUAUAUAUAUGUAUUAACAUAUAUAUAUAUAUAUAUAUAUUUUGUAAUAUGAGCCAGAAUUCUUUUUUGACAAUUUAAAGGCUUUUCCAUAGAGCUUAUUUAUACCAAUUUUUUUUUUCAUUUUACUGUGUCAGCACUGUAGUGUAAAUAGCUUUUAAAAAAUCUUUUUAGUGUGAUUUAUACUGAAAUGUGAGCCACUUAAUAAAGGUUCAUAAUAAUAAAUAUGUUUUCUGUUGGGUCUGCAAAAAGACAAACUGACAAUUCAGUUAAAUCAUUUGAUCUAUUAUGUUUCUGCUGGUGUAUGCAUUUAGAGUGGUAAUGGAGUGCAAUGUACGUAUUCAAAUCUAGUGAAUAUUUAAAUUCUCCACACUGUGUAAGCAUUUUUAAAACCAAGGUUCAGUUAUGAAAGCAUAUUUAUAUACGUGUGUAUGUAUGGGAAUAUAUAUAUAUAUAUAUAUAUAUAUAUCAUAUUUUGCAUAACUUCUUAAAUUGCUGAAUAAGAUGAAUAUGUGAAACUUCCUAGCCUCACUCCCUGGAAUAUGUUUUAAAAUAUUUAUAUUCAACAUUAAGAAAGCAGUUUAGGUAAUAGAAACAGUUUUAUAAAGUUGGGAGAAACAAGGUCUGUUAGUGAUAUCUAACUCUUCUAACUAAUGAAGUUUUGUGGCCAGAUUGCAUAGCCCUAAGGUAAAUUUUCUCUGUAGUGUGUGGAAUAAGUUGAGAAAAUUUUCUUACUAAUCAGCAUCUGUACUAUAUAUACUUCAUAGAAGCUGAGUAAAAAUCUUUAGUUACAGAAUGUUUAGUUGUGAGCAGUUAAAAUCCUUUUUUACAUUUUUCUUGCAGAACAGGAGGAAAAUACGACAAAUACAAAAUCGUAAGGGCAAUGACUCAGCUGCCAUACAGAGAUAGAACUAACAAAAUAAGAUGUGUUACCUCAUUUUUCUAAGGAUCCUUCUCCCUACCUUAGCAGGUAAACAACUUAGAGUACUUUUUUCCCCCCAAAAAAAGCUCUAGAAAGUAAAAUUAGGGUAGAAACAUGAUUGCCAGUGCCUACCUAAAGCUUAAAACAAAUCUCUUCAGUGAUGGACUUCAGCACUAUUUGAGACUGCUUCCACUACUGUAAUUGAAAGUCAAACAAAUGUCUUUAAUGUAUGCUUUGAUAUAAGGAAUUCUACUCAUUGCAGAUCAAUUUUAUUUACCUUUGGUAUUUUUCUGGGCUCUUACUUUGGUUGAUGACUUUUAACUGUGGUUCUUUUGGGCUAGUGUUGUUAUUUAAAUUGUUUCUGUCCCAGCCUUAUUUGUGGUACCCAUAAAACUGCUUAUCUUUCUGGUUAGGGAGAAAAAAUAAUUGCAGCAGUAAUAUUUCUGGCUCACAGUUUAAAAGGGUAGGCAAAUAUUGUAAGAAAUCUCAGUGGUUUACAGGAAAUCAGUAUGUUUGUAACAUAGGAAUUUUCAUGGGAUAAGGAAGGUAUAAAUCAUGAUAAUGUAAAUAGGGAUUUUGUUUUAUACGUUACUGCCUUAGCCUGCUCUUCACCACUUAAAUCUUCUCUUUUAAGCUAAAUUUAUCGUUUGCAUCUACCUUUUGGAUACAAAAGUUAGUAACAAACCAGUAUUGAGAAGUAGGAGAGCAUGUGGUUAAAAUGUUUUUCUGUUUUUCUUUUUUUAAUUGAAGGGUGAUAUAUUUAACAACGUUUUCGUUUCAGUUUUCCAGUAGUAUACACAUAGAUGCAUGAGAUCAUACAAUAAUAAAAUGUCUUUAGGGUAUCCGUCCAAAACAUUAUGAGCCUUAAACUUUUAACUAAAAGACGUAUCUAAAACAACAACAGUGGUUGCUUUUAGGUAUAGUUUCUUUUAUAAAUACUCAAAACUUGUCCAUAUUUUGAAAACGUAAUGUUUUGUAAAAUGCAUACAUUUCUCUGGAAGUGAAAUACAAAUCACUGGGCUCAGAUUUCAAGAUAUAGCCUUGUCACCUUGAAUAAUGCUAUGUUCCUUGUCUUACGGGUUAUAAUUUUAAAAUCCUCUUCAGAUGCAAUCUGAGAACUUUCUGACUACCUUUGUUACACACAAAUAACUUCUAUUUCAAUAUUGCAUUAUAUUAAUGGUUUCCUAGUUAGUACAUUCCAGUUCUUUAUCUGAACACAAGUUUGUUAGGUUUUUUUUGUUGUUGUUUUGUUUUGGUUACUUCCAGUUUGCUGGACCAGAAUAAUAAAGCACUUAAGAUGUAGUUUCUAUAUGAUCUUAUGCUAUAUAAACAGUGAUUAUGUAAAUUAUUAAAUUGAUACACAGACCUUUAAAAAAAUAACUAAGGUACCUCAGUGGUGUCUGCUACAGUGCUUUUUUUGUUUGUUUGUUUCAAUUACUUUUGUUCAUACCCUUUUAGCUAAGAAGUAGUAUCUUUUCCAUACUCAGGUUAGCUGGUUAGCUAGCAAAAGAAUUAAACAUUUGUGAUAUUUAGUUGAAAACUUUACUAAAGCCAUAUUCAUUUUCUCCCUUGUCCCUAAAGCUGUUGACCUUAAAUAAAGAUUAGGUUGAUCUAGCACAACACUGUGUAUGUGUGUGUAUGUGUGUGUAUGCAUGUGUGUAAGAUUAUUGGAAAUAUUAUGUUUAUUCCCACAUAUAUCCAUUUUUAAUCCAUUAUAUAACUUGGGGGAGUUGGGGCCAGGGAAGGUAGGAAAAAUUUUAUUUCUUUUGUUAGGUCUUCAAGGUAUUUCAUUAGUGUUCCUGAGUGAAACAGUUUUUUCCCCAAAUACUUAUGGCAGGUAAGAUCAUGUUUGUAAAUAAUAGAUUAGCACUGUUUUGGUAAAUUUGCAUUCAGGUAUUUUGUUGGACAAGUUCAUUGUCAUGUAAAGCAAAUAUCUAAAAAUUCAUUUUACAUUUAGCAAAGAUGCAAGAUUUGUUUUUAGAGUUCGAGAGGAAUUUUCCUUGUCUUCCACCUUUCAAUAAAUACUAAAAUUGAUAACUGUAA